CCACCGCCAUCACGUGCGCUCCACGUCUCCUCAGUCCCCGGCUCCCAGCUCGGGACGCGCUUGCCACGAGCCCACGACGCGCGAUACAAGUAGCAGCCGCGCUUCCAUUUCCUUCCCACACUCCAGAUCGAAAUCCCCCAAACCCUCGCUCGCCACCUGCCCCUCCGAUCAAGCAGCCGGCGCGAUCUGCCAUGGCGUCCGCGUACUACGAGAGCUCCCGGGGCGGCGCCGCCGAGGAGCCGGACGACUUCGACGAGUUCGACCCCACGCCGUACGGCGGCGGCUACGACCUCUUCGUCACCUACGGCCGCCCGCUGCCGCCGUCCGAGGAGACCUGCCACCCGUGCUCGGCGCCCUCCACCUCCUACGACGCGCCCCACUACUCCGCGUCCGAGCCGUCCCCGUACGGGCACCACGCCAAGGCCAAGCCCAACUACGGGUUCCGCCCCCAGCAGGAGCAGCAACCGUCCCACGGCGGCGGCGGCGGCGGCGGCGGCUACGGAUCCAGGCCCGAGCCCGCCGCGGAGGAGGGCGGCGGCUAUGGAUCUGGCUACGGAUCCGGGUAUGGUAGGAAGAACCCGGAGGAGAGCUACGGCUCUGGGUAUGGGUCCGGGUACGGGAGGAAGCCGCAGGCCGAGGAGAGCUACGGGUCCGGCGGCUACGGUGGCCAGGCCCGGCCGGAGAAGGGUUACGGAUCGGCAGCGUAUGGAUCUGGAUACGGCGCCGAGCCGCCGGCCGAGAGCUACGGCUCUGGUUACGGGAGGAAGCCGCAGGUAGAGGAGAGCUACGGGUCGGAGUAUGGGUCUGGGUGCGGGAGGAAGCCGCAGGUAGAGGACAGCUACGGUUCUGGGUACGGCAGGAAGCCGCAGGUGGAGGAGGGGUACGGGAGGAGGCCUCAGGCUGAGGAGGGCUAUGGAUCAGGGUACGGCACCAGGCCGCAGGGUGAGGAGGAGUAUGGCAGUGGUGGGUAUGGGAGGAAGACUCAGGAGGAGAGCUACGGAUCCUCAGGGUAUGGCUAUGGCAGGAAGACUGAGGAGGGCUAUGGUGGUUCUGGGUAUGGGAAGAAGGCGUCUGAGGAUGAAGGUGUGUACGGCUCUGGUGGGUAUGGGAAGCCGAAGCCAUAUGGGGAGGAGUAUCAGAGUAGUGGGUAUGAGAGGCCAAGCUAUGGUGGAGGAGAGGAGUACCAGGGGAGCUAUGGCCGCAAAAAGAAUGAUGAUGACUCCGAUGAUGAGAAGAAGCAGCGUUAUGAGAAGCACCACCACCACCACCGUCGCCACAACUACGAUGAUUAAGCACCCAUUGUGGGUACUUUCUGCCGCACGUGGGCUCGGCCUACAGCCAUUGCCACUAUAUGUGGUUUCUUCAUGAAUAAAGAUGGGUGUGGUUGCCUUCUGGGCACGGGACCAUUGUCGCUCCUUUGAGUUGGUACUGCCUACCCCCUGAAGUGUGCUAUGUGUGUGGUCUGAAUGUUCGAAUCGUGACCAAAUAAGUACCGUCUGUAUGUGUGAUGAACCUUGUUUCUGUGGUGUUUCUUUCAGUGAUUGGGACUUGUCUUGGCAUCAGGCAUGGCUCCUCUGCCCCUCUAGAAACUUAAUAUUCUGCAUUC